AGACUGAAGAAACUGAUUUUUUCAGUCAACGAAAGUACUCUCGACAGACUUUAUCACCAACGACUUGUGUACUAAAUUGUAUUAAGUGAUUUUAAGUAGUUAAGUGAUCGCAUAGACAACAAUGCCAAACCGUGACACAGCCGACACAGAAAACGAGAGUGGUGAUAAAGUCAAAAAUAGUAAAGAAAAAUUCAAUUUGAAAGGCGAUUAUGGCAAUAUUGCAAUAUUGUUAUUGCUGUACAUGCUGCAAGGCAUACCACUUGGUAUUUCAAGCGCUGUUCCAAUUCUCUUACAAAAUCGAGGCGUUUCGUACAGUGAACAAGCCGGAUUUACAUUUGCCUACUAUCCGUACACCAUGAAGAUAUUAUGGGCACCGAUUGUGGAUUCGGUCUACAUUAAAUGGUUCGGCCGGAGAAAAAGUUGGCUUGUGCCGACACAGUUUAUUCUGGGUAUAUUCAUGCUGUUUGUGGCUCAUAAUGUUGAUGAAUGGAUGGGCAGACGUUCUGACAACAGUCCACAAAUGGUCGUACUGACUUCAAUCUUUUUUGUGAUGUGGUUUUUAGCAGCUACCCAAGACAUAGCGGUCGAUGGUUGGGCUUUGACUAUGCUGAAACGUGAACAUGUUGGCUUUGCAGCUACGUGCAAUGCUGUGGGCAUGACUGCUGGUGGAUUUCUCGGAUAUGUUGUGUUUCUUGUGCUAGAGUCGAAAGAGUUUGCCAACAAAUACGUGUUCAGUGAACCGCGUGAAGAAGGUUUGAUUACGUUGGCAGGUUUCCUGCAGUUUUGGGGAGUAGUCUUUCUAGGAGUAACGCUACUGAUUGCCAUAUUUAAACGAGAAAGCCCUGAAGCUGCAGGGGAGCUGGAAGCUAAUCCCGAUUAUGGUAUUGCAAAAGCAUAUCCCAUUCUGUGGAAGGUUUUGAAAGUCAAACCGAUAAUUAAGUUCGCCCUGAUACUUCUAACGGCAAAGGCGAGCUUUGCCGCUUGUGAUGCCGUUACCACACUUAAGCUAAUUGAUUAUGGAAUACCGAAGGAUAAAAUUGCUUUGCUGUCCAUACCACUUGUGCCACUUCAAAUAUUGCUACCGUUUUUCAUUAGUCGAUUUACCACCGGACCGCAUCCUAUGACGUUCUACAUAAAAUCUUUUCCGGUUCGUCUCGUUAUGACCGUUGUAAUUGCGGCCUUUGUGUACGCAACACCUUCCAUGAUUGUGAACGACGGAACAUCUAAGACGAUACCAUUUUACUUCUAUGUCAUCAUAGUGACGAUAUACAUGAUUUAUCAGGUUCCGCUUCGAGGAAUGUUUGUCGCUGAAAUGGCAUUUAUGUCCAGAAUCUCGGAUCCAUUGGUCGGGGGAACGUACAUGACACUAUUAAACACAAUCAGCAAUCUGGGCGGAAGGUGGGUCAAAACGUUCUUUCUGUGGUUGGUCGAUAUCAUAACAUGGCAAGCGUGCAUUCCCGAUGUAUCUUAUCAAAGGAACGUAACAUUUACACUCGCAGACAACCAAUGUGCUGAUGCAGUGGAAAAAUUGGAAUGCAUCACAAAUGGCGGUACUUGUCGAAUCGAUGUCGAUGGAUAUUACAUCGAAGUGGCGUUGAAUGUUAUUUACGGAGUGAUAUGGUACCAGUGGGGUAAAAGAGUCUUGUCUGAUUUGCAAGAGGUUCCACGACAUGAAUGGCAUGUUUUAUCGAAACCACCGAAGGAUGAGGAAGAUAUACCGCUUAGCGUUUUUAGUGACUCUACUAAAAAUUAAAUUGUAAUUUAUGGGAGU